AAUGUCACGCAAAAAUAAACCAGCGCAGCACAGCUCUUUAAAAACCGUCGGCGUUGAAAAUUUAUCGUCAGUAGAAAUACAAACUUCGAGUGGAUAACAUCUAAGUGAGAAAACGGUAUAACAGAAGUCGUUGACCUUGAUGUUCCGCGAAAACUACCGAGCUUGCAGUUCGUGAGUGAACAGGAGUGCAUGCCUCUGCGCUCCGCCAUUGUGCCGUCAUUAAUCUCUAUCCCUACUCUGUUCGUUUGUGGAGAGGGAGAAUGUAUAAUGUCGUGCUGUAACUCGGUUGCCAUCUUGUUCGGAGUAAAUUUGGUAUAGAAUGGUUUAGAAUUAGAAACACGUUACGGUAUAGUGACUGGCUGGGUAGUUUAGAAACAAUUAUCGUUUAGUGAAAAAAAUAAAACUAUGGAUGAUACUAGCGCUGAUCAAUGCAGACUUUGUUUGUCACAAAAAGAACUAGUUUCAGUGUUUAACUGUGAUAAUGUAAAAGCUAAAAAAAUGGAGGAGUUAAUAUUGUUAACAACUGGAGUUGAGAUUUUGGAGAAAGAUGUAAUCUCUAGGAAAAUAUGUACCAAUUGCAGUAAAGUGGUUAUUAAAAUGCACGAAUUCAGAGAGAGAUCUAUUAGGACUGACAAGUUUCUUAAGGAAAAAUGUAUCGAGCAGUUAAGAGCGACGGAAAUGAAAAUUCCCAACACCAAUGUCACGAUUACAACAAGAAAACGACUUAAAAAAGAAAAAUUGGGCGAUUCCAAUCAUAAUAAUCACAAUAACUGCAAAAAUAAGUUAGAUGAAUCGAAAGAUGAGAAUAAUAGUUAUUCCCAUAAUUCAAGUAUACCUAGAAAAGUGUCGGUUCAUAAAUCAGUGUCAGAACUAUUUUCUCGUCAUCCGAAUAUUAAAUUACGUACUGAUGUUCUGGUUUUCGAUUUCGAUCCCUUUGUUAGCUUAGAAUUAGAUGAAGUAGAAAAAUACUGUAAUGCUAAUAAUAUAGAUUUAAAAUUAGCUACUAAAAGAGCAUUGCAAGUAAAUACUGCUCGUAAAAGGACUAGACCGUUACAUAAUAAAAAAAUCUCGAAUUCGAAUAGUUCUUCAGAAACGAAUAUUUCAGAAGACAAAAUAAUUAGUCCAAAUAAUCUGCAAAGCGAUAAAGAUCAGUUGAAAGUGAGUCCCAUUAGUAUUAAGCUUGUAGAUGAUAGGUAUAAUUUUAAAGUAACUCCUGUUAGUAUCAAACGCACUGAUGAUAACGUAAAGUUUACAGUUAUUUCUAAAGACACAUCUGAACGCAAAAGAGAAAAUAGUGAUAGUGAAGAGACCAUUACUGCCAAAAAAGAAAGCAAAAUUAAAAGAAGAAGAUUAUCUUCGAAUGACUUUACAUCCGAUACAGAACAAACUAAUCCAACAUUAUUUGAAACUUUAGAAUUAAAACCCAGUCAACCUUCACCUAAACAAACAAAGACUUAUAAAUGCAAUAUUUGCUUAUCAGUUCACAAAAACGCAAAGACUCUUAAGCUUCAUUAUCAAGAACAUUUUUGUUGCAGUUUUUGUAAAGCAAGAUUUAGACUAAUCGAACGUAGAAUAAGCCAUGAACAGAAAUGUACCGUAGGUCACGCCUUAAAUAGUAAACCUUACGUCGAAUUAACUAGAGUUGAUUUGGACUCAAAGGUUAAAAACAAAUAUCUUAAUUGUAAUUCUGUCAUCAACAAAAAUAGUACAAAUUGUAACGAAGUUAUAGUAUUAUCCGACGAUGACGAACCAGUUAUUAAGUCUACUAGCGUAUCUAAUUCUUUCACAUCGAAAUCUAAUUCUGAUUUAUCAGUAGGUAUAACUGACGCCCAGAAUAUUCAAAGUAAAGUCAAUAUGUCGGUAACGUCAGUUGCAAAUGAAUUCAGUCGUAUUGAUAAACUGAUUAAUGAAUGUGAAAUGGAAUUGAACAAAGUUACAACACAUUCCUCAGCUAAAUCAAACACAUGUCCACAGUCCCCUGCUACAGUCGGAAACAACGAGAUUUUACCUCAAAUUGAGGUAUCAAGCUCUCCCAAUGUAGAUGUGUUGCCAGUUCAAUAUUCUAGCACAGCAAUAGUGAGGCCCGAUAUUAGAAUAAAAAACGACACUUUACUAAAUACCAAUAAUUUAAAUAGUUCCGAUAUUCCUCUACUACAAGAAUUAUUACGACACGCAAAACGACUCAAUAAGUCUUUAAAAAAACCAACUACUGAGGAUAUAACCAGAAAUGGGACGAUGAAAAAUAUGUUUUUGCAAUUACGCGUGUAUAAAGUUCCAAUAAAUAUUCGACAUGGUGAACAUUGUGUAACCAUCUCUGAACCGGAACCUGACGUAAACAAAGAGGUAACAAUGUGGAAUGACAUAACACCAUUGCCCUUAAUUAAUAAAAAGACAAAUAUGGAUAUCACUAAUAUAACAUUGAAACCAAGUCAAACUGUACCAAUAAAUACCGUAAAUACAAAUAAUCCAGCGACAUUGCAACAUAGUGUUUCAGUUCCGAUUAUUUUGAAUGGUACAGUAUCAAGAAUUAAUCCAACGCUAGCAAAUAUGUUAACGCCCAAUACCCAAUACUCCAAAACGAAUUCUUCAUAUCCAAAUCACACAAUAGUAUCUAGUCCUAAUAUACCUUCACAAUCUUCCUUAACGGUAACAUCUCCUAAUGGUGUUCGAACCGUUUUUUCCCAACGUUUUACCCCCAAUUUUCUUAUUACUUCAAACGCACUUAAUUCUACGAAUAAUACUUCACCAGUGAAUAGUAAUGCCAGUUCUCCACAACUGGUUCCUCGUAAUCUAAACAGCGCAAUAGUUAAUAACGCUACAAAUAAUUCUCGACUAGAAUUUGUACCCCUACCAAGUACAGCAAUUAAUUUAACAAAUAAUAUUUCUCAAUUUUUUAGACCACCUGGCGGUGUCGUUAUGACAAAUAGUCGAUCAGUUUUAAGACCUGCUUCAAAUCCUGUAGUAACUGAUCGUAACAUUAUCACUAACAAUCGUUUGAGUACUUCACCUACCCAAAACAAUGGGCAAUUUGCAUAUUCUAAUAGUAAUAAUCGACAGAUUACUGCACCUAUGUUAAAUAACCAGUGCGUCGUACUUAAUGCUACAGUCGCAAAUGCUAGUACAACUCCGAAUGCAAUUACAAGCAAUAAUAUUCAACAGAAUAUAUUGAACACAACAACUCUUAUGCCAAAUAAUAAUACCAAUAAUAAUUAUAGUACGUCUAGUCCCUGUGAAACUUCUGUUGCACCUAAUAAUUUCACUUUUUCCAAACCCAUCAUUAGAGUUAAAAAUAUAUGUGAAUUAAAAUAAAUUAUUGCCAUUAAAUGGAUUUUUAUAUUUUUUGUAUUAUAUUUAUAAUAAUAAAUUAUUACUGCC